AUGGACUUAGUCAACCACUUGCCCGACCGCUUGCUAUUCGCUGUCCCCAAAAAGGGAAGACUCUAUGAAAAGUGCUGCAACUUGAUGAAUGGUGCCGAUAUCCAGUUCAGAAGAUCCAACCGUUUGGACAUCGCUCUUUCCACAAACCUUCCAAUUGCCUUGAUCUUCCUCCCUGCAGCCGACAUCCCCGUUUUCGUUGGCGAAGGUAACUGUGAUUUGGGAAUAACUGGCUUAGACCAAAUCAAGGAAGCAGACAUGUUCGACUCGAUCGAAGACUUGUUGGAUUUGAACUUCGGCAACUGCAAGUUGCAAGUCCAAGUUCCCGCUGAUGGACCUUACACCAAGCCCGAGCAAUUGGUGGGCAAGAAGAUCGUCAGUUCCUUCACCAAGUUGUCCAACGACUACUUCCGUUCCUUGGAGGGCACCAGUGACAACGAGCCAUUGACCACCAACGUCAGAUACGUGGGUGGCUCCGUUGAGGCCUCGUGUGCCUUGGGUGUUGCAGAUGCAAUCGUCGACUUGGUCGAAUCUGGUGAAACCAUGAAGGCUGCUGGCUUGAAGGCCAUCGAGACCAUUUUGACCACCUCGGCCCACUUGAUAUCCUCCAAGAAACCCAAAUUCCCAGAAAUGGUGGAAAAAAUCCACCAGAGAUUCGAGGGUAUUUUGGCAGCCCAGAACUACGUGUUGUGUAACUACAAUGCCCCAAGAGCCAUUGUGGAUAAAGUGUUGGCAAUCACUCCUGGUAAGAGAGCUGCCACUAUUUCUGCGUUGGAAACCAAGGCAGGUGAGGAAGAGUGGGUUGCCAUCUCGUCGAUGGUGGAAAAGAAAAAGAUUGGUGAUGUCAUGGACGAAUUGAAAAAGCAAGGAGCUUCCGAUAUUUUGGUGUUCAGUAUUGGUAACUGUAGAGUUUAA